GUCAUGGUGUGUAAAGGUUGACAUUGUUUUUGUUAAAAUUGUUGCAAUUAAUGGUAUAUUAAGGAAUAACUAAAGAAAAAAAGAUGAACAGAAUAAUUUUAAAUCGAUGCCGGUUUAUAAAAAAAUCAACAAUAUUAUGGGAGACAAGACAGUAUCAAAAUUUUCCAUACAUAACAUUGUCAAGGUCACUAUCGUACUACACAGCACAGCCGAUAGGCCUCCAACAUGAUGUCACACAGAAACCUCUCAGCAUGCAGGUGUACUAUCCUACAUUUACCAGACAAUUUUCCACUAGUCAGUAUUAUUUUGAGAAAGAACCAUUAAAACCUUCCUCAAAAGUAGAAGCUACUGUUGUUACAAUUAAAAAAGAAAUAGAGGAGAAAGAAAAACUCCCUAAAAAAGAAGAGAGAAAGAAGAGUAUCAAGGAACGUGUUAUGGAUGAACUUCGCCAUUAUUACCAUGGCUUCAGGUUGCUUUUCAUAGAAACUAGAAUAUCAAUUUCAUUGUUAUUUAGAAUAUUAAAAGGAGAUACAUUAACUAGGAGGGAACAUAGACUGCUAGUGACAACAGUUGGUGAUCUGUUUAGAAUGGUGCCCUUCAUCAUAUUUAUAAUAGUUCCAUUCUUAGAAUUCUUUUUACCAGUAUUCAUAAAGCUUUUUCCCAAUAUGUUACCAUCUACAUUUGAAAGUAGUAGUCAAAAAGAAGCAAAACUGAAGCAACAUUUGAAAGUCAAACUAGAAAUGGCCAAGUUUUUCCAAGAAACAUUAGAUCAGAUGGCACCACAAGCUAGUAAUCGUCAUUCUGAAUUAGCUAAAGAGUUUUCAAAUUUCUUUAGUAGAAUAAGAACAUCAGGUGAUGUGGCAACAAGUGAAGAGAUUAUGAAAUUUUCAAAGUUGUUUGAAGAUGAAAUCACCCUUGAUUCUCUCCAGAGACCACACCUUGUUGCUCUUUGCAAAGUUUUAAAUGUUUCUACAAUUGGUACUAGUGCAAUGUUAAGGUUUAAUCUCAAAAUGAAGUUAAGGUCACUAGCGGCAGAUGACAAAAUGAUAGCUAAAGAAGGUGUAGAUAGUUUGAACUUUAGUGAACUACAACAAGCUUGUAGAGCACGAGGAAUGAGAGCAUAUGGUGUGUCUGAAGAGCGCUUACGUAAAGAACUGAGGAAUUGGUUAGAUUUAUCACUGAAUGAAAAGGUUCCCCCUUCGUUGUUGUUGUUGUCAAGAGCUCUGAUGGUACCGGAGCAUGUACCAACAACAUAUAAGCUGAAGGCUACAAUCUCAGCUUUGCCAGAACAUGUUGCAACACAAACUAAAGCUGCAAUUGGAGAAAAGGAAGGCAAACUUGAUUUUAAGGCCAAAGCAGAAGCAAUCAGACUUGAAGAAAUGAAGAUUAAGGAAGAGAAACAAGAACUCCAAGAGGCAGAAAGGGAGAAGCAACUGCUUGAAGCCAAGAAGAGAGAGAAGGAGGAAUUGAAAGACAAAGCACCCAUCAUUGAUGCUGAGUCAACUCCAAUUUUAGUUGAUCCAGCUCCAGUGAUUGCAGUUGACCCACCCAAACAGAAGUCUGAAGAAGGUUUAUCUGGCAAGGACAUUGAAGUUAUUGAAGACGCUUUGGAAAAAUUGGCUGAGCAGAAGAAGUCCUUGCUUCUCGAGAAGGAAAGCAUUCAGGAGCUAAAAACGGAACUGUUGGACUACAGCGAAGAUGUGAAAGAGAUGCACGAGAUUGUCAAGACAAAGCAGGCCGAUAUCAAACUUACGAAAGGUGCACGAAGAUUAUAUCGAGCUGUCAAUAACAUGAUAAGCAAACUUGACGCUGCCCUGGUGGAGCUUGAAAGCAAAGAGAAAGCCUUGAAGACGACACUGGAACAGACCAAGUCCGAACCACAGAAAGCUAAAGAACAGUUGAUCCAAAUCGACGAACUGAUGCAUUCCAUUAAGAGCUUACAAAAAGUCCCCGAUGAGGCUAAGUUGAAGUUAAUUCAAGAUGUACUGGGCAGGCUAGACGACGACUUUGAUGGGCAAUUGAAGAUUGAUGAUGUUUUGAAGAUGCUCGAAAUAAUCGGUAACGAAAACGUGAAUCUAUCAGAGAAACAGAUGGCCGAGUUAAUCGAACUACUCGACAAAGAGGAGAUUCUCGAGGUCGAAAGCAAGAUACAGAAGGCGUUAGAUAAAGCCGCCAGUGCCGCCAAAGAACAGGACAAGAACAGUGAAUCCGAUGGAAAGAGUCUAUUCGAUAUCAUAAGGGAGGCCCAGAAGCGAAGAGAAAUGAAAAAAGCAGUCGAGAAAUUCGGAGAACAAGGAAAUAUCCCUAAGAGUGACGUCAUCGCGAAAACCGAGGAGAGCAGUAAACGGCCAGAGAGCCACUGAUGAGGAGGCCAUCGAUUUGUUUAGCGAAAUGUGUAAAUAUGCGGUAUGCCUUCCUGUCGGUUUAGUGCGCGGUAAAUUGGCACAGAUGGCGCUAGUGGCGUUACGGUACUUGUAGCGUGACAUGCAACGUGAUACCAUAGACACUAUGGGCACAUCGUUUAAUUAAAAGGCUCCAUUGUAAACAGCCUAUGUUUUUCACCCAUAGCUGUAGUAUUAAUUCGUUUAUGUAAGGAUGAUAGGACAUAGGUCAUAAUCCGAAACAAAUAGAACUGUAACCUCACAUGAGGUUCACGGUGGGUUGCAUCGCAUAAAUUCAUGUGUGUGAUCCGUAAUAUUGGAAUAUAUUUUUUUAUGUCCGCCAUAGUUUUAUGGUAAACUAGGACCUUUUUUUUAUUUUGUUAUCACUUUAUUGUCUCUCUUUAUUGAAUGUUUAUAUCUUUAACAGUACUUUAACAAAGUCUUUAAAAAAUAAAAAUUAUCAAAACAAUAGUUAAUUAUUUUGAGUAAUUCGAGUAGCCCGUUGUAUGUGACGUUACAGUGUGCCACGUGUUCACGUUACAUCAGAUUAUAGUAAUUGAAUAUAUAUUGACUGUUGAUCUAGAAUAAAAAUGUUAAAAUGUGAUGAUAUUUUAAUUCCGUUUCCGAAAAUUUUCCAUAUUCUGUUCUGUAUAUAAAAUAACAAAUUUACUAAUAUUUGUUAAAUUUAUAGCUAAUAAUGUCAUAGCAGUCUCUAAAAUCAAGUAGCGCUUAUAAUUGACUGUUUCGUAGCUGUUCAAAUGUGAUUUUGUAAAUGAAAUAACUACGGUCAUGCAAAUGUGUUGUAGUUAGCUAUUUACCAGCUAGUACUGGUUAAUUCGAUCAUCUCAUUGUCUAUUGGCCAUUGACUGGAUACUGUGUCCUCAUCAAUCAGUAUUUCUGUUGAGGAUAUUUGGUGUUUGGGUUCUGGAGUACUAAUUGUUCCCUCGCAUGUACUUCGUAGAACAUUGAAAAAUCCUACUUUAAUAUAAAACAUAAUUUAACAAAUAAUUAUUAAGCUCAAUUAUUCGUAAUAAUGAGAGAGCAAUAACUAUUGCCACCACUGAACUCAGUGGUGCCCAGUUUUUAUAUUUCGUUGUAAAUUACAAUGCAAUUUAAAUAAUUUGCAAUGGUGUUUUUUUAUUUUUUAUUAUUUAACUUCACAAGUUAGUGGCGGCUAUGAACGCUUUGGGAUAUUAAAUAAAACCAACACAAUAGAAAUAACGCGGUUUAUAAAAACGGUAAAUAGUUUGCGUAGUUACUAUGUUGACAAUUAUCAUUCUUUUGUUGCGCUCUGAUAAUUUUAUUCUACCCUAACUUUAACUUUCGUACAAAAAUAUUUAUAAUGUUAUUAUCAUUUUAAUUCCAGAUGUUGAAUUGUUUAUGCAUUUCUGUGAUCAAUAUUUUACUUUUUUUAUUAUUAUUUAUUUUUCUGUAUAAAAAUAGUCAGCAUAAACUGUUCGACUUUUAAUGCAAAGUUGAUGAAAUCGUCUGUCACAUAAUUGGCAUGACAAAAUAAGAUAGAUAUAUUUAGAAAACUGCGUAAAACAGUAGUUGAAUUGUAAACAACUAGCAGAUUGUAUUUAUUUUAUUAUAAAAGGAACAUUACAUGCAGAAGGAGGUUACAGGUGACAUUUUUUUGAAGAAUUUCACUGGGUACUUAAUAGAACAAAGGUGGAAAUUUGUUUAUAAAAAAUAUAUAUAUUAGUCUUUGUUCACAAUUCCCAUGUUGAUAAGUAUCUUAUUUAUUGUCUGCUCUUCGAUAUUAAUCUGUUGAUCUUUAAGAUUAAGAUAAUAAACA